UUCGUAGGCAACACAUUUCUGAUAAUAGAUACCCAUUGCAUCUCCUUUGAUCUAGGAGGAAAUGGCAAUGCAAUAAUUAGACUGGUGCGUUGUAAUGGAAACGUACAAAAUGGAGGAGAGAGUGUCUUAGAUUGGCUGGAAAAGCGUAUUAGUAGCAGCGUUGGUCCUGACAAGGGAAGAGAGUCACUGAUACGUCUAACUGUUCAAGAAGCUGAUGAUAUAGAAAAGACAUAUUUCUCCGAUGAAAACGACGACGACGAUUUACUUCUAAGUGUCUCAGAAGAUUUUGAUGGGACGUUUGGUAGUGUUGAUGACGAAGAUGAUUACUUGAUAGCUAGUGUACCUGAACCUGACGAGUCAUCCGCGAAAAAACGCCACAAGGUUGUUCAUGAAAGUCCAAUCAGUAGUCCCGAUCAUACGAAAAAGCCUGAUGUUAUUACAGUGAAACAAGAGUCUAACGACUUCUCGACAAAGCUGUGGGAAUAUCCUACUAGACGCCUUGCACAUAAUGAGAGCGCAGAGCUGUUAUGGAAAGGACAUCUAACAACUUUUCAACUAACGUCAUUUAAAAGAUUCCAGUUAGACGCAAUACGUGCAAUAGAGGCAAAGAAAGAUGUCGUCGUUAUUCAGAAGACAGGUAGUGGAAAGAGCAUUUGUUUUCAAGUUCCGUCAGUGUUUGAUAACACAAAAACCACGGUCGUGAUUUGUCCAACGAUCUCCCUGAUUCACUCUCAAGUCGAAAGUUUGAAAGCGUUUGGGAUAAACGCUAUUGCCGUUGGUCCACAACAUCCAGUUGAAAUGAUGACCAUCGGAGACGAAAGUGAAGCCUCGCAUUCACUAAUAUAUACAACACCGGAAUAUUUUGCUACCAAGUUAAAGCACCGACUUUCUUCUUUAUCAAAACGAUUAAAGCUCAUUGUCAUCGAUGAAGUUCACAAAGUAUUUGACAGGAACAGUGAGUUUAGGUCUUCCUAUGACACCCUCAGGUUCCUUCAUGACGACUUUCCUGGCAUUCCAAUCAUGGCAUUAACAGCAACUCUUAACGAAGAACAAUUAAAUCUUCUUUGUGAAAACUACCUUAGACAGCCGGUGCUGAUAAAAUCAACGGUAGAUAGACCAAACAUAAAGCUCAAUGUGGGCAAGUACCAGACAAAAAGACCGGUAAAGGGCGAUAAAUCAUUAGUUUGGAUGGACACGUCAAGACAAAUCAGGGAUCUUUUAGCAGACGAAUAUGGAAUUGUUUACAUGGACUUUAAAAGAGACGUAGAAUUAAUGCUGACCUGCCUGAAAGAAAGUUGUGCACUCGAUGCCAGAGCCUACCAUGGGGGCCUUUCACAUCAUGAAAAAAUGGAGGUGGAUAGUCAGUUUAGGAACAAAGAUUUCCAACUGCUUGUGGCUACAGAGUCCUAUGAAGUAGGGACUCACAGUCCGCACGUCCAAAGUGUAGUACGGCUGGGUUGUAUGCGGAAUCUCGGGGUGCUGAUACAGGAAUUUGGAAGAGCUGGAAGGGGAGGGGAACAAGCUGAUGGAUACCUUUUUUUCAACGAAUAUAAAGACGAUCAACGCUUGACAUAUUGGACUAUGGGCUGUAGUAGCGAUGAAGUGGAACGAAUUAAGAAGAGCUACGAGGAUUCCUGGAGAUGGAUUUAUGGCGUUUAUAAUCGGACAUGUUUAAGAGAAACUCUUCGGCGAUCAUACGAAGACACAACGGUCAUCCUUGACCAAACAGAAGGAGAAUGUUGUAGCAGCUGUGACAUUGAAAAGGAAAAAGACUUUAAUGCGAGAGAGCCUGCCAUAUUACUAUUAACAGCAAUAAAGGAUUUACAGGAAAUAUUGUCCAGUAAUGAAGGGGUGAAUGAAGACAACCUGGUUUCAUGGCUUGUUGGUGCAAAAAGAGAUUGGAUUUCCAAGCCAGAAAUCCAGACGGCUAUCGACAAGUCUUCUACCUUUGGAAAAGGAGAACAGCUGGGAAAUAACCGUUCGUGGUGGUCUAGACAUCUACGUCAACUGAUUAGCUUGAAAUUAGUUGAAAUGAACUUUAAGAUAAUUAGGACUCCACAGUUCUCCACAACAGCUAGAAAGUUCAAAGUGUCUACCGAAGGACAAGAGUUUCUUAGAAAUCCUUCAGACCUGGUCGUUCUGUCCCCUUCUAUCGACCCUUUCGAAAAGAGGAAGAAGGCGCCUUCGGAUAACAAGAAACACGCAAAUCGAGAGGGGAGAGCUCUUCACCACCUGCCCAAAAUACGAAACGCGUUGAGUUCCUCAGAGAAAUGGUCUGAAAUGAAAAAAGAGGAUUAUGAAUAUCCAGGUUUCUCGCAGUCUUCGAAAGAUAUUGCUUACUGCAAGAAUAUUAAGGAGAUGAAAGGAUUUGGCUCCCAUCAGAGACCGCAUUUCAUGUGGGACGAUAACCAACUGUCAAAGAGGCACACUACAACAAAGAAGUGUCAAAUAAGAAUAGAAGGAAAGAACACAGAGAUCACCUUGAGGCGUGCACCGUGUGAAGGUAUAAAAGUAUGCAGUUUCCCAGAUUGCACGUAUGCAGUGUCAAAUCGCCAAAAACAGAACAGAUGUAAAAGUCAUGCUAAGACGCACAAACUCAAAAUGACCGGUCCGUGUCCAGCUCAAAUUAUGUAUGCUUGGCCUACAAACGAUGAUGGUCGGAGGUGGAUGGGAAUCGUUCCUGAUCCUGACUUAAAGCAUAAUCACAGCAAGCCAGCGCCACAUCGUAUUAGCCAAGAGGUUAAAUGUAAGAUUGGCGCUGCUCUAAAAAAAGACACCUCGCUAACGACCAAAGAUCUGCAAAAAGGUUGUGGUAUAGGGAUUAUACCUGGAGAGGUGUCCCCGGCUGCUGCAAAUGCCGAAAGAGUCCGUCGUGAGAGAUCACGUAUCCUUUCAACUACAAGUACAACCAGGAAAGAACUUAUGCCACUUCUCAAAAUCCUCGAUUUUGAGAAGAUACGGGAAAAGGUAGAAAAGGAACAAGACGCCACAGACUCGGAGUUCAGCGGUAAAGUAAACGAGAUGAUGGGCAAGUACCAAAUGGAGGGUGUGGAGUACUUAUUUAAACCUGGUCGAAAAUACGCAUUUUUCAUGUCACCUUACCAGUGCGAACUGCUCGGAGAGGCGGAGGAACUGUUUUCUGACAUUACCUUCACCGGAAAUGAUGAUUUUCCUUACCUUUUAAAUUUGGUUAUUUUUAAUAAGGAAACCUUGAGUUACCAGGCUGUCGCCAGGGUUUUAUGUGACAAACAAGAUGGGGAAUCGUAUGGUUUGUCGUUUCAUGAAGUAUUUAAACAAGCAACGAAAGUUAAUUCAAAUUUCAAUCAUGGUAAAUCUUUAAGGCAAAUCGUAGUUGACUUCGACGAUGCUGAAUAUAACGGCUUUACGCGGGUUUUAGGGAAAGAUAUCACAGAAAAGUUGUUACGAGGAUGUUCAGUGCACUGGAAGCGAUCAGUGAAUAGAGUGGCCAAGAUUGUUUGCCAAUCAAAAGACGAAGAAUUGAUAUUUAAAUCUCUCGCUGGAAACGUAGAAGAUGCUAAAGAAAAAGAGGAAGUCAUAGAAAUAUUUGAAAUUUUGUCAGGAAGAAAAAGUUUAUUAAGCGCUAUUCGCUACGUUCCUGAGAAGCUAAAACAAAUUUGCAACGACCCAAAUGAGGUUUCAAACGCCGGAUGGAAGAGACUCAAACAUUGGGCCAACUGGUGGACUCGCCCGAGACAUUUACACAUGUUUACUAAAGCCUUCACCAGCAGAGACGCCGACGACUGGGAUGGAACGUCUAACACAACCAAUCCCGUCGAGUCCAUCAACAGGCAGUCCUUCAAAUCAAAGAAUAACUUGAAUGUUAUCUUAGAAAACAUAUACUUAGAGGACAGAAUUCAUGCAGUUAAAAUGGUGGCAAGAUCUCAAGACGUAAACAUAAGUUACUCGGUCACCAACAAAAAAAGACAGAAUAGGAAAAGGAAGCGCACAAGCCUUGUGGUAGACCCUGAAACACACACAACACUCGAUGUUAAUGGUCCUCCAGACAAAGCUAAAGACAUCCGGGCAGCGAAGAGAGCGCGAAGGAGAGGCAAAGAGUUGAUUAACUCAGUGGUAGAGGUUGAAUACAAGGAAAAAAAAGAAGAUGGAAACUUUUCUUAUCUGGGAUGGUUGAGGGGUACCAUCGCAGCGUACAACUCCCGUCUGGGCUACCUUGUUCAAUUCCAGAACCAGUUUGAUUGUAAUGGGAAUGAGACUGGUGACUGGACAGACUGGCUACCGUCCAUGAACUGCUCGGAUGUCAAAAUUAUCCAAUAA